AGUGCGUUUUAUACUUCAAGCUGAAGUAGACAACUCGUUUUGAGUAAACAAAUUCCAAGUCGUAACUUAUUUCGAAAUUAAAAAUGGGAAAUUCGAUUGCUGAAUUAAAAUUUGAUGUGCUUAACGGUAAAAAUGAAGUGAAUAUUAACGAGUGCUAGGAAGUAAUAGUUUCAGAAUCACUAAGUGUCCCUAUAAAGGAGUUUACAAGUGAUCUAAUCACACUAAGGGCAAGUUUUUAAUAUGCCUGUAGGUGGUAGAGUUGCAGGGAAAGUAAGUGGAAUAGUUUCCAAUAAUUACAACGGGCGAUCGUACCAGGGGAUCAACGAAGAAAUAAUAUGGGUCAGUAUAGGAAUGGGAAUAGCGAUCGCUGUACUUAUAACGAUAGCACUUUGUUAUAUAAUGAGAGAAAAGUGUAUAGAAAGGAGGGAGUAUUAUAUAACUGCAUGACUUGUGGCACCGCAGCAAAAUCAAGAGCAUUUCACUAUAAAGUGCUACACGUAACAUCCCAACAAUCCAGAAGUGUCUACAGAAGAAUAUUUCUUAUCAAGACGAAUUGCGAAAACAGUAUUUUGAAAAAUAUUGGUUGUUCUACUACCAAAAGCUCUCAAGCUUUCAUUUCAAAUUACGUUGAAGAUAUAAACUUCAGAUUAUUUUUUGUUAUGAUUUUACUCAUUUUCAGUAGAAAUUUUCUUGAAUAAAUGACUGUGAUUAAUAUUUAUUUUCAUAGAGUAACUGCUAUUAAACUGUAACAAAAAAGGUACUCGAAAAUUUGAAAUUAUUAAUCAAUUGGAUUAACUUCGAAAUUAAUUUAAUUAGAAGCAAUAGGCAUGUGUUUAUACCAUUUCCAAUUUUUAAAUGUACUUUCCUAAAUUGGAAAGAAUACUUUGUAUCAUAGGUUCAGUAUUUAUUUUAUGACGUCACGCAAUAUGGCGGCCUUACUGAAAUGUUUAAACUACCUACAACAUUUUUUAAUUUCCAAUAAUUUAUAAAAACAAAAAAGUACUCGGAAAUUUGAAAUUUUGAAUCAAUUGGAUUACUAAUUCACUUAGAAGCAAUAGACACGUGUCAAUACCAUUUCCAAUUUUUAAAUACACUUUCCUAAAUGGCAUUCAUUUCUCUUUUCGAAUUUUGUUUAAUAUCAUUGAGGUAGCUAAAUCGCGUUUCUCCAACUCAUAUUUUAAAUUGCGAGAAUAAAAAAAAAUUUUAAAUCGAUAGUAUAAAUUGUAUUCUCAACUUCAUUUAUAAAACCCUCAAAACUGUUGAGAAGAAUUCGUGAUGAAUUACAUCGGGGAUAUUACAUUAGAGCUCCCUAUAGCGAUUUGUUUAGAGAAAGUUCAGCUCAAUUGGAACGAGCCUAGCGGCGAUGUUGACUGAAAACUAACAAGUUUCAUGAGAGACACCUCUAAAACUAGUGUAAGGAUCGCGAAGUUAACCGGAACGAGGCAUGUUUCAAUGAUGUCUAAAUCAUAUUUAAAAUAUAAGUGAAUUGAUUUAGAUUCAAAAUACAAAACUUGAUAUGAAUUAUUUGAAAAAUAAAUUCCCGAAACAUUAUAAGAAUUAACUCAUUUAAUUAGCUGAUAUAAAUAUGUCAGAUGCAGAUUACGAGUUUGGUUACGAAAAAGGGUUUUAUUAUAAAAAUUAUUCUACAUUCGAAUGCUUCCCUUUAAUGUACUCCCCCCCUCGCCACACAUCUUUCCAUACGUUUUUUCCAUUGAUCGAAGCUGUGCUGGAAGUCUUCUUUGGUGAGUGCCUUUAGGAUUUCUGCCGAUUUUUGCUUUACCGCUUCCAUCGACUCAAAUCGGGUCCGUUUCAAAGCAGAUCUUUUUCUAAACUUUAUAACCUUCAAGGAAAUCUGAGAGCCAUUGACGCAAGAGCUUUUGGUCAGGAGUCAGAUUUUUUGGCACCAACUUUGCAUAGAAUUUUGUCAUGUGUAAUUCGUCAUCUAAAAUUUUUCUAGCCGUUUCUUUAUCGGCUUUUACAGCCACGGCAAUCAUCCGGAUGCUCAUUCGAAGACCUGCACGCUCAAUUUUGUUGAAACAGUCACAGGGUGACCUGGGCGCUGGUCAUCUUCAAUACUCUCUCGGCCAUCACUGAAGAUCUUACAUAACUCAGAAACACGUGCACGAGUUUGUCUCCAUAGGACUCUUGCAACAAUUUAUAGUACUCUAUCUGAAUUUUUUUCAAUUCAACGAGAAAUUUGAGAUUGAUACGCUGCUCCUGUUUUUUUGUCACGCGUGCUGAGAAAAAAAAAUAUUAUAUUAGUGUUUUGGGACGUAUAUAGACAAGAUAUCUGGAGAUACCCAAAGCACUACUCGUUUUGUACGUACUAAGGCGCCCUCUAGGUUCGCUGUCUCAUUAUUUGAUAGCCAGACCUCGUAUUUGCUUUUGUAUUAUAGUAAAGUAUAUAACCUAACCCCUUCGGUUGGAGAUUCUUUCCCAGGAAGUGGUAUUCGGCCUCAGUUGAAGUAUAUGAAUAACUGUGUAGUAUAAACCAAAGUCUGUUUAUUGAAAAAUAUAGUAAACUAAAACAUAUUCACGCAUAGUGCACGUGAUCAGGGUUGGAAACGUCAAAGUCCAGCAUGUCACAGGACCGCACUCAACACUUAGUAAAUAAUUUGUGGUUUUAUACAGCAGUGAACGGUCAAAAUAUGGAACACAUUCAUUUAAGAAAAGGGUAUUGAUAACUUUUUUUGAGAUUAUAUAUAUAGACCGUGGUAUAUUAUGAUAGAAUGUGCACGUGCUUAUCACGUACUGAUCAUUGUUUUGGUUUACUAUAAUACAUAACUAUUAUUUUUGGUUUGUAAGACACCGUUUCGACCUUCGCUUGAAAAUGUAAAAGAGGAAUUUCUUAAAGUGUACAAUCUCAAAAUUUAAUGAAUGGAUUAUGACGAAUGGCCAAAAACUUUUGAUCGAUGGUGUACGUUAUAUACAUAUUCCACAUUGGUCAUGAAUAUGAAGAUAUCAGAUGAUAGAUAUUUUUUCUUCCGACCAACAAGUUGACCCCAAAACCUCUCGAUGCCUCAAAAUAUGCUCCCGUUUUUAAAAGCGCCAAUAAAGCUUCCGUUUGACUCUGAGGGGUCAAGUAUAUGACAUUUUUCUGGAAAAUAAUGAAUAGAAAAAUUUUAAUGGGAAAACUAAACAUAAAAUAUUCAAGGUUCAAUUAUUGGAAAGAAAAACAAUAUAAAGAUAAAUUCAGACGAAAAUGUUAUUUCUGAAAAAUUCUUCAUUAUAUUAUAUAUUUAUAAAUUAUGCUCAAAUAUACCUACAUGAUUUAGAAGUAGAAUAAUGUGUGUUUAGGGUAUAUUGGUAGAGUUUUGAGCUAGUAUAGGCUAUAAUCAUUUUUUUGAAAUAUUGAUUGUGAAAAAAUAAGUUUUGCAUGUGAAAAAAGCGCACAAUAAUAAGCAACUCUGUAGUUAUUAAACUUGAAAACAACUGUAAAUGACUAGAAAAUGUAUAUUUUUAAUUUUUUUUUGAAAAAUAUAUAACUUAUAUUUAGUUCACACGAGGCUGGUGAGGUUGGCAGCCAACGCUGGUUUAGUAUUUGCCUUGUGUAAGCCAUACAAGCGCUGGCGGCCAAAGCUGGAGAAAAUAGAGCGCCCGUAGCGAGUAGCCUCCGCCCACAUAACCCUUUUGUUUUUGUUUUUCUAGUAUAAUUUGUGAUGGUUUGGAGACACGGUGAAAAUUACUCAGGUUUUGAUAACUCAUACCAGUUGCUGAGAACAUUUAACGUUCCUUCCAAUUUUAAUUUUGCUGGUAAUAAAUCUCUCAUCAGAAUGUCUUAGCGCUGAAUCGAGCUCUUUAUAAAUGGAAGUAGCUCAUCAAAGUUUCCAGCAGUAACCUGCAACGCCAACCUGUACUUAAAAGGAUCUACUAAUUUUAGUUGUUACAGCAACAAGCACAAGUUCCAGUUAUAGGUUUUGUUCCUAAUAUAUCAAUCUUAAUAUUGCAGAGAUGCUCUUUGAACAUUUCUUUUUCAGUAGAAUUUGCCGCGAAAUCAUUAUUUUUUAACUUCACACGUGUAUAUACCAGAAGGAAAAUCCUCAAAUAACAGGGGCCAGACCAGCGCUGGCUUGUCUCCAGGACCGACGUCAGCAUUAUUAGCUUCGUAUAAACUCUGCUCCUGCUUCUAGCUUGACAAUUUGGAUACAUGGGAUUAAACAAAGAUGGAGAGAUCCUAAAUAAAGAUAGAAAACUAUUUCACGACGGAACGGCUCUUUGCCGCAUCGAUUUCGUUUAAAUUAUAGGGGCUUAAUUAAGGGUUUGGGGAUAAAAACAUAAAUAAAAAUUGUUUUAAUCCAAUUAUGUGCACAUUACUCUAUGAAAUAAUGAUUAUCACGCUAUCAGCAUCCAGUUGGUUCGCUUUCUUAAUUUUUGUCAUUUUAUGUUGGAUUAAAUUAUGAAAUACUGAAUUUGGCAUUCGUCAAAGUUUGCUCAAAAUUUUUUUCCUUAAUUAUUCAAUUAUAGCGGCUUUCCAACCUUAAGAAUUUUGCCAAAAAAAUUCUUAGACUUAAAUGGAAUAUCUUUGCAUAAUGAACAGUUGCCAAAAUACUAAAUUUCUAGAUCUAACUUACUCUUUUCCAUAUAUUUGGAAUGUAAGAGGAAUUUCCGAAGGACAAAUGUAUGCUGAAGAACGACCACGAGAAAGUAUCGUCAACCACACCAGUACUUUCGAGUUGUAAUUGGAAUACACUUCUAAAUAUAUAAAUAUUAAUCAUCGAUAAUGAUUUCCAAACCUUUGGCGGGCGUAAACUCGUGUCAUUGAGACUUCAAGUUUGGAUUUUUGUUACAUUUCUUACUUUUCAGAAUAUUUAGGUGCCUAUCUCUAUUUUUGAACUACAUUCUGAAUAUUUAUAAUGUUGCUUACAUAUUUUUUAUCAAUUUUAAAUUUUCUGUCUAAUUUUCGUAUACUACCCCCCCUCAAUUUUCCAUAAACCGUCUUAACCAAAGCUUCUUCUAGCUGAUAAUGACUUUACCUGUCGUAACAAACCGACAGAUGUCGUAAACUAUUUGUCUGGAUAUUCCCAUUCUAACAAAGUGAUUAACCGUAAACGAUUUCUUCAGAUCUGGACUUGUCAAUUAUUUGGCAUUCGAAGAGUGCUUACUUAUCCCGAUUUUGAUGUUAACCUACGACUGAGGUUCGUGAAGUGCUACGUUUGGUAGGUGCUUAUCUAAGGCAUGGAAGACUGAACAUUGAAGACGACUGUGAUUAACAAGUUGAAGGUUUUCCUUAAGGUGUCUUGGACGGCUAGAUUGAAAUUCUGAAGCGCAACGGCAAACAACGAGAUUCAUAUGAAAAGAAUUUUUGCACCUACUGAUCGAAGGUAAAACUGAAGGAAAGAGGGGGAUCGGAAGGAAGGAAAUAUCUUGGCUAUGAAACAUCAGGCAGUUCACAGGACUAUACGUUAUACAAUCCUUAAUACACAUCGCAAGAAAUAGAAAAGCGAUGGAAAAUGUUAUCGCAAAUAUCCAUUCAUGGAUAUGCAUUGAAAGUUUUCUUUUAGAUUAAUGUUUAUACUUGGGACAUUUAAAAAUUGCUAAAUUACAAGACACAAUUAAUUAUAAUAAUAUAAGUCAACGUCUACUUAACUUGCUAAGCUUUCUAAAAAUCUACUGACUUUUUGUUCCCACACCCUUAUAUAAAUUUUUUAUGUCAUACUCCAUCCUCCAGACAUUGCUAUUCCACUUAUUAUAUGUUUUAUUAUGCUCCUAUUAACAAAAUUUAAUGUGCUUGUUAUUAUUUAUAAUCAUUAUUAUUAUAUUUAUUGUUAUUUUCAGGAAAUUAUCGGUAGAGUGGACUUUUUAAUAGUAUUGUAUAAAUAGAGUUAACGGCCUAGUAGGUAGAUUUAAAAUUUGUCCUUAUCUGUGGACCAAUAUUUAACCAAGAUUAUGAAAAUUAGAAAUAAUGUCAAUUGUAUUGUUUUGUAUUAAAUAGUUAGUAUAUUGUGACACUAUCUUAAAAUCACCAUUGACUAUAAUCGAAGCUAUUGAUUAUAAUCAUGAUCUUGAAGCGAUACUAAAUAGCCCAGUGUUUACAUCCGAACCGUUAAACCCACUUCUUUUAGAAAAUCCAGAAUGUUGGAUUGCUGUAGCUGCCAGAUAUCUUCGUCUUCUAUUUCAUUCGCUCCUAAAUGUGGUGAUCUGGAGGUUCACACUUCGAGAGAAAGUGGAUAGAAGUUCCGUCCUCUGUGCACCAAAUUCUGCAUGUCAAAUUAUCUUAGUCUAGUGUCUAUUGAGGCUAUAGCACCUCGAUAUUCUCUGGUUAUAGUUUUCCAAGAGAGUCUUUCCCUAUCCAGCUCAUGUAGGUUGUCCCAAUAAUUGGUUUGGCUCCUAUCUAUCUCUUUUUUAAAUGCUUUUUCCAUUGUUCUGUAGCUGAUACCACAGAAAAGUUCAGGUCCAUGUAGGGUAACUUUAUUAUUCUUGCCUAGUUCGUUCAAACGAGUUCGGAUUUUGUGAUAUUGGAGCUUGAAGCUCUAAUCCCUACUUGACUAUCGGACAUGAUAUGAUGAUCUGUUGUUUGCGAUGAUAGAUAGAAUUGGACAAAUUCUGUCGUCUGCUGCUUUAGAUCCGUCCGUAUACCAUUCAAUGGUAUUUCUGUUUAUUUCAUGUAUGGUGUUUCGAUCCCAAUUACUUAUAUAGAUUAGAAUUGAGGCUAAAUUUUUUCGUGGAUUAUCCUGAGGCAUGUCCUAUUACUGGAAAGAUAAGGUAAAACAACCCUUAUAAUGUUUAGAGACGGAAUCCCCAAGGAAAAACCGUCUGAUGUUUGUUUGAAAAUAUGAGACUUAAGUGGUGUUGACUCAAGCAUUAAUGCAAAAGACGUAGCUACCGCCGUCUUUCAAAAAUGUAUCAAACUUUCUUAAACAUAGAAAAACUAAAAAAUCUAAAGCCUAUGAAUUGAUGAGUAUCUAAGAUUUAGAAACUUUAUUGUAGACACGUUUAUAAAAAAUUGUUAUAAAAUGGAUUGACUUAAAUGUGAAAUAAUGGCGGGUUUUGCGGUUUUUGGAGGUGUUUCGAAAAUUUAGGAACGUCAAAAAAUAAGAGCAUAUAUUUUAGACGUCUAUACUAUAUCUAACGAGCUGUCAGGUUCUUCACAUCAAAUUUUUUUUAUUCAUUGUACAAUAUGAAAUAUUAGAAAAAAUUUAAACUUCAAUUUAUACCUACAUAAAAGAUAGUGAACCUAUUUUAUACAUAAUUUAUGAUAGCCUCAAUUAAAGUCGUUGGUGUUCCUGGUAAAAACGAACCUAUAUUAUCUAUUAUUAACAUUUUCAAAACAUAAAUCUGUUAUUUAUUCUUAUCUGCAAUAAAUUAUGUGGUUCAUG